CCCCGGGCUACGCGGCCGCGGCUGUCGCCCCCGCCUACGCGGCCGCGGCUGUCGCUCCCGCCGCGGCCGCGGCGCCGUCCUACGCGGUGGCCCCAGCGCCGGCGCUCUUUGCGCCGGCCGCCCCGCCGCCCAGCGUUCCGGCAUGGCCCAGCCGCCGCGCUGGCCCCCGCGCCGGCCUACGCGGACGACGCCCCUGCCUACGCCACCCCGGCGCCCUUCGCGGCUGGUGGCUCCAGCGGGGUGGACUUCGGCUUCGCGCCCGCGGCGGCGCCCGCAGAAGGCCCCGCGCUGGCUCCCUCCCCGGGGCCCGCCGCCGCCGGUGGCGUGGGCGCCACCACCGUGGACGACGUCGGCACGGCGAUGGCGUUGGGCGGCACGUCUGGUGACGAGAUCGCCGCCGCAGUCGGGGCGGUGGACCGCGCCAGCGCGGUGUCGGCCGCGCUGGCUCCCGCGCAGGAGGUCGCCAUCGAGGGGCCCAGGCCGUCGGCGAAGACGUACCUCAGGCGGAAGGCGGACCUGCAGGCGCAGCAGCUCCACGCGCAGUCGCAGGCUGCGCAGCUGAGCGCCUCCAAUGGCCGCAAGUUCGUCGCGCCUGGCUCCGCCCAGGCGCCCCCGGCGGCGGCCGCUGGCGGCCUCUCGGGCGGCCUCUCGGGCGGCCUCUCGGGCGGCCUCUCGGGCGGCCCCUCGGGCGGCCCCUCAG